GCUCUUCUGUUUCUGCGCGUCAACUCAUCAGAGAGGAGGUUUUCGUCUUUGUAAGACUUUGCAAAGCAGAUGCGGAUGCCGACGGAGGUUUAUCUGGCAUUUCUACAGACUUUUAGAGUUGGUUGUCUGCGAUUCUUUACAUCAUAGUGAUGGUCUUCACUUCUACGCGCUCCACCCCGCUUGUCGGAGCGGAGGAGCGCUGGAUCAGAGAGACGCACACGGAGGGGAGAGCAGGCUGAUGUUUGCGGCUGUGGCGAGGCUCAGGCUGCCAGUUAAAACUAUAGAAAGAGCUCAGACUAAGUAGUCCGUCUUCAUUAAUCCAAAAAUCGUGGUUAAUUAAGUUGGUUUAGAUAUAUGCCAUGACCACAGCGCCCGCUUGCUUUCUGUGCUUAAAGGUUAUGUAGGCCUAUCUGAAUAGAUGCUCGAUGCCAGUUUGUGUUGUCAUCUCUACAAAGGGAUGGUAGGUCGUUAACAGUUCAGUUUCACAGCUGCAUUGGAGUCAACAAUGAUCACUCAAGGUCACGUUUCAGCGCGACCCACUUGUCUACGUGUUGUGCGUCUUUUCUUUUGCGACCGUGAUUUAAUUUAUAGAUAACUUUCAAAUCAUAACAAAUUAGAAGCCGAGAUAUUCACGCAUGAUUUUUUGACGGGUGCAUUAGUUUUAGUCCACUUUAAAGUCAAGACAAACUGGACUAUGGCUUGGUUUAAACUUUGUUGUGCGCCCUUGAAGAUGAUUCAGUGAAAAGUGUCAAAUUAUUUGUACUUCAAUCGUGUCGACUCGUAGAUGUUAGGAAGUCCGUCAAACAACGGUGGCAUCAGAAUGCUGGUGCCCCCAGCUCUAAACGACGACAGGCGGGUAGAGUUCGUGGCUCUCACCGCUGUCCACACUGAGAGAAGCGAACCGUCUACCCCGGAGCGCGGACACCCGUCUCACCGCACAGGGCUGCUUGGCACACCGCUGCCAGGACCGCCCGGACCCAGGGCCAACACGUCCGCUUCAGGCAAGCGCUACAGAAAGUUGCAGAACUACCUGUACAACGUGCUGGAAAGACCGAGAGGAUGGGCAUUCAUCUACCAUGCGUUCAUUUUCCUGCUGGUGUUCAGCUGCUUGGUGUUGUCUGUGUUCUCGACCAUCCCCGACCACCAGAAGGUUUCUAACGAAGGCCUCUUUAUCCUGGAGUUUGUGAUGAUUGUGGUGUUUGGGUUGGAGUACUUCAUCAGGAUCUGGGCGGCUGGCUGUUGCUGCAGAUACCGUGGAUGGCAGGGACGACUGAGAUUUGCCAGAAAGCCCUUUUGUGUCAUAGACUUCAUAGUAUUUGUGGCAUCACUGGCAGUAAUUGCUGCAGGGACACAAGGUAACAUCUUUGCCACAUCAGCCCUGCGCAGCAUGCGUUUCCUGCAGAUCUUGCGUAUGGUUCGAAUGGACCGACGGGGAGGCACCUGGAAACUACUGGGCUCAGUUGUUUAUGCUCACAGCAAGGAGCUGAUUACAGCCUGGUACAUAGGUUUUCUGGUCCUGAUCUUUGCCUCCUUCCUGGUCUACCUGGCAGAGAAAGACAGCAACACAGAAUUCAACACUUAUGCAGACUCCCUCUGGUGGGGAACGAUUACACUGACCACUAUUGGAUAUGGUGAUAAGACCCCUCGCACCUGGCAGGGGCGGCUUCUAGCUGCUGGCUUCGCUCUUCUGGGAGUCUCCUUCUUUGCGCUGCCUGCUGGAAUUCUGGGAUCAGGCUUCGCCUUAAAGGUUCAAGAGCAGCAUCGACAGAAGCACUUCGAGAAGAGGAGGAUGCCUGCUGCCAACCUGAUACAGGCUGCGUGGCGUCUCUACUCUACAGAUGCCAAACACUCCUACUUGACAGCUACAUGGUACUUCUAUGACAGCAUGUUGCCUUCAUUCAGAGAACUCACACUACUGUUCAGUCACCUCCAGAGACAGCGUAACACCAAGAAGGUUCUCCACAACUCCUACCAUACACUGCUGUCUGGGCUGCGGCCCUACAGCUCCCCCUACCUGUCGGGGGACAGCAGUAAAACUGGCUUUCGGGAUCGAAUCAGGAUGAACAAUUCCCGAUCAUCCCAAGCCAUUCGGAACAAGGCGUCACCGCUGGCCCCAGGCUCCAGUGUCCGACCCUCUCCCAGUCAAGAAAACGUCCCUGAGGCCACCAGCCCGGGGAAAGUCCAGAAGAGCUGGAGCUUCAAUGAACGUACACGGUUCCGUACCUCCCUGCGCCUCAAACCCCGCCCUUCUGCUGAUGUGGAGGCAGUCGGAGAGGACAGUGUGGAAGACAAACCAUAUUCUGAUGUGCCCAUGGAGGAUGUAAUCCCAGCAGUGAAGACGCUCAUACGAGCUGUCAGGAUCCUAAAGUUUCUUGUGGCCAAGAGGAAGUUUAAGGAGACACUCCGUCCAUAUGAUGUGAAGGAUGUCAUAGAGCAGUACUCUGCUGGACACCUGGACAUGCUGGGCCGCAUCAAGAGCCUGCAGAUGCGGGUGGACCAGAUAAUUGGACGAGGGGCCGUCCAGCCCGAUAAGAAAGCACGCCCUGAGAAAGGAGAGAAGACGCUGCCAGAACUGGACCCACUGGAUGAGCUAAGCAUGAUGGGACGUGUAGUCAAGGUGGAGAAACAGGUGCAAUCCAUAGAGAACAAGCUGGACCUCCUGCUCAACUUGUACUCUCAGUGCCUAAAGAAGGGCUCAUCCCACUUCACCCUGUCCUCCCUCCUGGACCCUGACCUGACGUCUGACUACCAAAGCCCCACGGACCAUAGAGACCUCUUCCCCUCCGCUAACACGCUCAACCUUUCCCAGUCUGAGAGUGGCAACUUGGAAUGACAGUGAGUUGAGCAGUCUGGGGAUUGUUCAAACACAGACACAAAACCUUUACAGGGCGUCUUCCUUUUGCCGAGUCCUCACUCUGAGCAGGCCAAAAUUAAAUGCCUUCAUUUCAUUUCUGUCUAAGAUCAUUUGUACCCCCCAUCUCAAAUCUGCAUCUUCAUUUUCUGUAAGUCAAUGUGUUUCCAGAACUGAUUCAGACAGAGGCCACCAGAUGGCUCCACCUGACAAGGAGCCUCAGCCAAAGCUGCUCACCGCACACGCCUCUCAACCCGCUGGAUGAGGAUGGAGAAUACUAUUAGGACACAUGAACAGCUAUUACUUGAGUACUGAUCACUUCAGCCUCUCACCUCUAUGCCAACUUUAAAUCUUCAUCUGUAGAUAGUCAGACUUUGAGCUUUGAAGUUUUGUAAAUCUCUGGUGAAUCCCCAUUAUCAUUUCCUAUUUUUCUUGGCUGUGUGAAUGAACUGACAAUUUAAAUUUGUCCAGUAUUUUAGAAUGGCAUCACAAUUUUUGAUGCUGUAAUGAAUGUAAUGUUUCUCACCUGCACAUUGUGCAGUCACGCCACCAGAAAAACAAAUAAACGCUAAAGGUGCUGUGGACACAGAAUUAAUCUGCUCCCACAGACCUGGAUGGGCACAACCUAGACAGCCACCUCGCCAAAGCAUUAACCCUCCACGGUACACCAUCCCACCCAAACAGAGGAGUAAUUAAUAUGUAAAUCCUGCUUUAAUUGCCCAGACUUGCCACAGAAAGGCAGAGCUGGGAGAAUGUGUUGGAGUGACUCUUGUGCACUGUACAUGGUUUGUUUUGAUCUCCGUUCCUUCUCUCAGAGGUUCUGUCUCCCAACAAGCCCACUUGCAAAAAAAAACAUUACUCCCUGUUUGGCUGGCAUUCAAAACAGGAAUGUUCUUACAUAUUUAGGAUGACGUAGAGCCAAAAUGUGCAUUCACAGGUCAAAAAUCCCUUCUUUGCAAUGUUUCAAAGUUGACUGCACCUCUUUGAGUAUUCCAAUAACUUAAAUUUACUUCUUUUAACAGGCCCUUUAAGCCUCUGCCUUGCAGCCCACCCUCCAAACAUGCAUGUUCCCCAAAAAGUCUUGUAGAUAAAACCUCACUGAUCCUCAGUCAGAAUAUAGACAUUAAUGUCUGCACUGCUCCUCAUCAGUGACAUCAAGCCUCAGGUCAGGUUGGUCAUGUCCGCUGGUUCAGAUAGUCAGUAACACCUCACAACCUUUCAUACAGGAGCACAAUUCUCACUCAGAAGCCCUUUUCAGACAUGCACUGGAACCCUGAAAUUCUCUAGGCAUUACGCAUGGGAGCUGUAUUUGAGAACCCAAAUGUCUGAGUCAGUCCACCUGGACCUUAAGCAUACUUGACUCUGCCAGCACCCUAGUACAGAGUCCAUGUAAGGUCCGAGUGAGCUGGAGUGAGCCCAUGUGAGAAAACAGCAGUAUGUAGUCCUGAGUAUCCACACAGAGCUAGUGAGCGUGUUGAUGACAUUCUAUCAUGUAACCGGUGUGAAACCAGAAGAAUAUAAACACCUGAUGAUGAAGAAAAACGGUCACUGACAAUGAAGGCACCAGCAAAAAGAUUCAGGAACUUUGUCGUUAAGAGCUGGUACCAGAAUUGUCAGGCAGUUUUAAGUGAGCAAGAGACUUGGUUGUUUAUGACCAAAUUACAAACUGGAUACAUGACUGUCAUGUCCUGCCUCCUGCACGCUCUACCUAGGUGUCCCCCACGCACAAACCAAACAGAGUAUUUCCAGUAGGUGAGAAUAUGGACUCUCUCCUGUUGUGUGCUACAUGUGUGAAAAGGGCCGCUCUGGACCA